GUGACUGCCCUUCGUUCCAAGGCACAUGCGGAAGUCGAUCGUCCUCCUCUUCUGUAUUCUUUUGAGGACUAUGCUGCCCGGUUCGUUCCUACGCUGGGUACUCAAGCUCAAGGACAAGACGUGUGCAGCAUCUUCUCCGUCUGGCAGCGGCGACUUAUCGUCUUCAAAUGGUUCUUCACGGGAUUCGGCGCGCGAGUUCAACAUAGAGGUAUUGGACCCUCUCACGUCCGAGGACUUUGCAUGGCUUCCUCUCCCGACCACGGGCCGCUUGCCGGGACCGCAAUGUGCAGCACUAUGCACUCAUCUCCACACGUACUUAUCCUUCUAUGCACCACCAACUUCGUCGACGGAUGACGAAGUCGCGGUGGGGGACAUCCUUGCGUAUGUUACCAAGGUGGCCCGCGAGUUUCACACGCAGCGGUACGAUGACAACAACGCACCGCUCAUGUAUGUCCGCAUCCAGGUUGGGCAAGCGUUCUGUAGCGCUUUGCUGGAUAGCGGCGCGUCUCUCAAUUUCAUGAGCCAAGCCUUUAUGCAAAGGGUUGGCCUUGGCGCACAAGUUUGGAGGAAGGCAAACCCGACGGCAAUCAAGUUGGCGGAUGGAAAGACGCAGCAACUUCUCGACCGUUACAUCGAGGCCGUACCAGUGUAUUUCGCACCUCAUGCAUGUGAAUCGGUGACGUUCGACAUUUUGGACACGAACUUCUACAUCAUUUUGGGAAUGCCUUGGCUUGCAAGUGCGGAUCACAUGGUCAACUUCCACCGGCGGACUCUUAGCGUUCGCGACGCCUUCGGCACCGAAGUGGCGUGUACCAUUCCUCUUCCGCACCCUUCGAUCCGGUGCCAAGUGGUGAUGGCCAAAUCAUUCCGAGCGACUUGCGCUUACGAGCAGCCCGAGGAAAUCGGCCUAUGUUUUCUACGGACCGUCGCGGUAGCCGACUCUUCACUCACGGACUUGUCUUCGGACCCCCAAGUGGUGCGGAUGCUGGACGAGUUCAUCAACAUCUUCGAGUCACCUCCCGGUGUGGUGCCGGAUCGGCCGAUCUCUCACGAGAUCAUUCUUGAGGCCGGUGCCGUGCCGCCGAAAGGUUGCAUCUAUCGGAUGAGCGAGAGGGAGCUUGAGGUCCUCCGCGCACAACUCGACGACUUGUUGGCCAAGGGCUGGAUCCGCCCGAGUAGCUCCCCAUAUGGAGCACUAGUUCUUUUCGUCCGGAAGAAGAACAAGGAUCUACGAUUGUGUAUCGGCUACCGCAAGCUCAACGCGCAAACCGUCAAGAAUGCGGGGCCUCUUCCUCGCAUCAACGAUCUUCUUGAGCGAUUGGGCGGCGCAAACUAUUUUUCUAAGUUGGAUUUGAAGUCGGGAUAUCAUCAAAUCUCGAUCCGGUCGAACGAUCGCUACAAAUCCACGUUCAAGACGUGGUACGAACAUUUUGAGUGGGUGGUCAUGCCUUUUGGCCUCACCAACACCCCGACGACCUUCCAAGCGGCAAUAACCAACGAGUUUCGUGCAAUGUUGGACCGGUUCGUGCUGGUCUACUUAGACGAUAUUCUCGUCUAUAGCCGGACAUUGGAGGAUCAUCUUGGGCAUCUUCGACGAGUGUUGGAGACGCUCCGCCGCGCCAAGUACAAGUCCAACCACGACAAGUGCGAAUUUGUCCGGCAAGAGCUGGAAUACUUGGGCCAUUUUACCCAAGACACCGUCAACAGCACCAUCGCUCGAUGGAUGGCUUUCAUCGACCAGUUCGACUUCUUUCCCGAUCACAUUCUGGGGAAGUCGAACCGUUUUGCGGAUGCUCUUUCACGGCGUCCAGAUCAUUGUACCGCUGUCUACUCAACAUUCGAGAUCGACGACGACCUACGGAACAGCUUCAUCCGCGGCUACCAAGCCGACCCCGAGUUUCGCGACAAGUACGCGAAUUGCUCCUCUCCUAAUCCGGCGCCUUCUCACUACCGGAUCCAAGAGGGGUACUUGCUUGUCCACACACGGGGGAAGGACCACCUUUGCGUACCGAGUGAUCCUCACUUGCGUACACGGCUUCUUGGCGAGUUCCACGAUGCUCCCGCCACCGGAUACUUUGGAGUCGAUCGCACGAUUGGUCGACUUCGCGAGCGAUUUUGGUGGCCCGGCCUUCUCGGCGACGUCACACGCUAUUGCGAGUCAUGCGAGGUUUGCCGACGCUGCAAAUCCCGCAACCAUCGUCCAUACGGCGAGUUACGACCAUUAUCGGUCCCUUUGAGGCGAAGGGAAGCGAUUGCCAUGGACAUUACCGGCCCGUUCCCCAAGCACAAGACCGGCGUAGAUGGGAUUCUCACGGCGGUCGACCGACUCACGAAGUUCACCAUGUUUUUUCCUUGCCGCUCUCAUGCCAAGGCACCAGAGUUGGCCGAGGUUCUCUACGCCGGUUGGAUUCGAACCAAGGGUUACCCCAAGGAAAUCGUCAGCGACCGCGACACUCGGUUCAUGUCCGAUUUUUGGUUGGCGCUUAUCAAGCGAUGGGGCUCAUCUCUGAAGCCCAGUUCAGUUCGCCACCCCCAUACCGAUGGCCAAACGGAGAGGGGGCACCAGACCGCACAGGGUCUCCUUCGCACUCUCAUCCGUCCUGACCAGAAGGAUUGGGUUGAGCGGCUGCCGGAUGUCGAGUUGGCCUACAACUCCUCCAUCCACCCGGCUAUCGGGAUGUCGCCUUUUGAAUUCGAGCACGGUUCGCCGGUCACUUCACCAUUGGACACCAUCACUCCACGAACGGCCGAGAGCGACGACAAUCUUCUUUUCUUGCGUCGGAUGCAAAAGCUACUUGUCAAGGCACGCGACCAGAUGGCCAAGACGCAGCAACGCAUGAGCCAACAGGCCAAUCACCAGCGUCUUCCUUGCACAUUCCGCACCGGCGAUCUCGUUUGGGUCUCCGCCGCGGAAUUCAGCCUUGAACAAGAUAUCUCUCGCAAGCUCCUCCUGAAAUGGAUGGGGCCUUGGCCGAUCGUGGCACCCGCUGGGGAUGCACCCGAGGGACCUUCCUUCACUAUUCAUGUGCCCGCCCACUUGCCCGUCUACCCAGUCUUUCAUUGCUCCAAGUUGGCUCUUUACACGCCAGCGGAACAUGACGAUUUUCCCGGGAGACGUUCGCAAGACCCACCCUCUAUGGAUGGCUUUCAGGAGGUCGGCGGCAUCAUCUCCCAGCGAUGCUACGGCAACAGGCCAACCCAGUACUUGGUACAUUUUGCAUACUGCACACACCGAGCUGACCGUUGGUUGACCCGUGCGGAACUUCAAGCAACAGCUACAGACGUUCUGGCACAUUACGAACGUAAGAUGCAAGGCAAGCCGGUCUCUUCGGCUCCACGCCGCACCCGCGUUCAGGUUCCACCAUCAGAUUGUCAGAUUCGCCCUCGCCCCGACUUGACUUCAUAAGGAGGGGUUACAUGCUGCGCCUGCACACGAGGGCCAUUUUCCAGGCCCUGCAUCCCUCGGGCUGACAGCCUGAAAACCAGGGUCUACCGGGCCCGUGUCUGUUUAGCUCGAAAGCCUGAAAAACAGGGGCCUACAGACCCUGUGUCGUUUCAGACUAAAAAUAGCAGUAGCCUUUUUAGCCUGAAACAAAGGGCCAUUUCCGGU